AUGGCUGUGGGCUCUCCGGCCACCGCAGGUUUCAACUCAAUCGCCGAAAAUGAAGAUGCCCUCCUCAGACAUUUGUUCCAAGGCUAUCAGAAAUGGGUCCGCCCUGUAUUACAUUCUAAUGACACCAUAAAAGUAUAUUUUGGAUUGAAAAUAUCCCAGCUUGUAGAUGUGGAUGAAAAGAAUCAGCUGAUGACAACCAAUGUGUGGCUCAAACAGGAAUGGACAGACCACAAGUUACGCUGGAAUCCUGAUGAUUAUGGUGGGAUCCAUUCCAUUAAAGUUCCAUCAGAAUCUCUGUGGCUUCCUGACAUAGUUCUCUUUGAAAACGCUGACGGCCGUUUCGAAGGCUCCCUGAUGACCAAGGUCAUCGUGAAAUCAAACGGAUCUGUUGUCUGGACCCCUCCCGCCAGCUACAAAAGCUCCUGCACCAUGGACGUCACGUUUUUCCCGUUCGACCAACAGAACUGCUCCAUGAAGUUUGGAUCCUGGACUUAUGACGGCACCAUGGUUGACCUCAUUUUGAUCAAUGAAAAUGUCGACAGAAAAGACUUCUUCGAUAAUGGAGAAUGGGAAAUACUGAACGCAAAGGGGAUGAAGGGAAACAGAAGGGACGGCGUGUACUCCUAUCCCUUUAUCACGUAUUCCUUCAUCCUGAGACGCCUGCCUUUAUUCUAUACGCUCUUUCUCAUCAUCCCCUGCCUGGGGCUGUCUUUCCUAACAGUUCUUGUGUUCUAUUUACCUUCGGAUGAAGGAGAAAAACUUUCAUUAUCCACAUCGGUCUUGGUUUCUCUGACAGUUUUCCUUUUAGUGAUUGAAGAAAUCAUCCCAUCGUCUUCCAAAGUCAUUCCUCUCAUUGGAGAGUACCUGCUGUUCAUCAUGAUUUUCGUGACUCUGUCCAUCAUUGUUACCGUGUUUGUCAUUAACGUUCACCAUAGAUCUUCUUCCACAUACCACCCCAUGGCCCCCUGGGUUAAGAGGCUCUUUCUGCAGAAACUUCCAAAAUUACUUUGCAUGAAAGGCCAUGUGGAUCGCUACUCAUUCCCAGAGAAAGAGGAGAGUCAACCAGUAGUGAAAGGCAAAGUCCUCGAAAAAAAGAAACAGAAACAGCUUAGUGAUGGAGAAAAAGUUCUGGUUGCUUUUUUGGAAAAAGCUGCUGAUUCCAUUAGAUACAUUUCAAGACAUGUGAAGAACGAACAUUUUAUCAGCCAGGUAGUACAAGACUGGAAAUUUGUAGCUCAAGUUCUUGACCGAAUCUUCCUGUGGCUCUUUCUGAUAGUGUCAGUAACAGGCUCGGUUCUGAUUUUUACCCCUGCUUUGAAGAUGUGGCUACAUAGUUACCAUUAGGAAUUUAAAAGACAUAAGACUAAAUUACACCUUAGA